GAUGGUUCUGGACCUGUGCUCAAUGGUGUUCAGAGGGAUGGUGGGGGUGGUGGAGGGAUGUAUGUUUAAGUAAACCUACUGAAUGCUGAAAAGCCUGGAUACAGUGGACACGGAGAGGAUGCUUCCAUUAGACAGAGAGUCUGUUAUCUGACAGCACAGUCUCAGAAUAAUGAUGCUUCCCUUUAAAACUGAGAUAAGAAAAAAUUCUUCAGCCAAAAUGUGGCUGAUCUGUGGAAGCUGUUGCCAUAGAGUGUGGUUGUGGCUGUCAUCUGCGUAUAUUUAUGGCAGAGAUUAAUAUAUUCAUGAUGGCUAAGUAGCUUCAGGGUUACAGGAGGAAGGCGAGAAUAUGGUGUUGGAAUAAAUCUCAGCCAUGGUUGAGUGGUGGGGCAGACUCGAUGGAUGGAAUCACCUAAUUCUGUUCCUGUGUCUUAUGUCUUACCAUGACUGAACGAUGACUCCUUCCUAUCCCAUAUCAGGUUUUGUGACGUGUCAGGGGCAAUUACAGAUUUGUUCACUGAGAUCAUUAUAUUUGUCUUCAAUGUUUAGAUUUCAGUGAGCAGAAAUAUUUUGUUCUCCUUUUUAUUGUUAAUGUGCUUCAUUAUCUUUCAUGUUAAAGUUAGACCUGUAGUGAGAGAUUCAUUGGAAGAAAAGCCCACAACUGGAACAGAACCAUGACUGAAGAUGAGGGAACAGCAGCAAGUGAACCAGCCCGAGGAUUGAGAGCACCAACUGGAGAGAACCCUUCUGACUCAGGGUUUCCAUUGAUUCAGUCCGGAGAAAGUUUGGUUAAAAACGACAAGGAAUUUAUCUAUGUAAUCUCGAACACAACACACCAGUUUUGCUGUCUCUGUCCACAUAUAUAAGAGGUGGAGCAAGGGAUUCAUUCAACCAUCCUUCCUGCUCAGACUGUGGGGAGGGAUUCACUCGAUCAUCUGACCGACUGGCAGGCCUGUCAGUUUACACAGGGGAGAGGCUGUUCACCUUUUCAGACUGUGGGGAUUCAAGGUCAUCUCAUGAAGGUACAUCAGCAAGUUCACACUGGGACAAGGCCAUUCACCUGUUCUGUGGGUGAGAAGGGAUUCAGUCGGUCUUCCCACCUGUGGACACACCAGUCAGUUCACACUGGGCAGAGGCUGGUCAUCUGCUGAAUUUGUGGGGAAGGAUUCACUCGGUCAUCUGACCUAAUGGCUCACCAGCGAGUUCACACCAGGGAGCGGCCAUUCACCUGCUUGGACUGUGGGAAGGGAUACACUUGCUCUUCUAAACUGAAGUUACAUCAGCGAGUUCACACUGGAGAGAGGCCAUUUACCUGCUCAGACUGUGGGAAGGGAUUCACUUGCUCAGCUAAUCUGAAGUUACAUCAGAGAGUUCACACUGGAGAGAGGCCGUUCACCUGCUCAGAAUGUGGGAAGGGAUUCACUCAGACAUCCCAACUGAAGGAACAUCAGCGAGUUCACACUGGAGAGAGGCCGUUCAUCUGCUCAGACUGUGGGAAGGGAUUCACUUGCUCAUCUCAUCUGAAGGUACAUCAGCGUAUUCACACUGGGGAGAGGCCGUACACCUGCUCAGACUGUGGGAAGGGAUUCACUCAGUCAUCCCAACUGAAGGAACAUCAGCGAGUUCACACUGGAGAGAAGCCAUUCAUCUGCUCGGACUGUGGGAAGCGAUUCAAUUGCUCAUCUAAUCUACAGAGACACCAGCGAGUUCACACUGGAGAGAGGCCGUUCACCUGCUUAGACUGUGGGAAGGGAUUCACUGAGUUAACUAGCCUACAAGCACACCAGUCAGUUCACACUGGAGAGAGGCCGUUCACCUGCUCAGUGUGUGGGAAGGGAUUCACUCGGUUAACUCAGCUGAAAGAACAUCAGAGCGCUCACACUGGAGAGAGACCAUUCUCCUGCUCAUUCUGUGGGAAGGGCUUCACUCGGUCAUCUGACAUAAUGGCACACCAGCGAGUUCACACCGGGGAGCGACCGUUCAUCUGCUCGGACUGUGGGAAGGGAUUCACUUGCUUAUCUAAUCUGAAAGUACAUCAGAGAGUUCACACUGGGGAGAGGCCGUUCACCUGCUCAGUCUGUGGGAAAGGAUUCACUCAGGCAUCAAACCUGCAAGAACACCAGCGAAUUCACACUGGGGAGCAGCCGUUCAUCUGCUCGGACUGUGGGAAGGGAUUCACUUGCUCAUCCCAACUGAAGGUACAUCAGAGAGUUCACACUGGGGAGAGGCCAUUCACCUGCUCAGACUGUGGGAAGAGAUUCACUUGCUCAUCCCAACUGAAGGUACAUCAGAGAAUUCACACUGGGGAGAGGCCGUUCACCUGCUCAGACUGUGGGAAGGGAUUCACUCAGUCAUCCGAACUGAAGGUACAUCAGCGAGUUCACACCGGACAGAGGCCGUUCACCUGCUCAGUCUGUGGGAAGGGAUUCACUUUGUCAUCGUACCUACUGAGACACCAGUCAGUUCACACCAGGGAGUGGCCAUUCAUCUGUUCAGUCUGCGGGAAAGGAUUCACUGAAUCAUCCUCCCUACAGAGACACCAGUCAGUUCACACUGGGGAGACGCUGUUCACCUGCUCAGACUUUGGGAAGAGAUUCUCUCAGCCAUAUCAACCAAAUAUGCAUCAUUGAGUUCAUCGAGCUGGGAUGAGGCUGUUCACCUGCUCUGAAUGUGGGAAGCAAUUCACUCAGCCAUCUAAACUUAUGUAACUCUCGCUGAGGCUAGCAGCUUAAUAGAGGGGGUGAUAGCAACCCCCCACCCCCCAGCCCAAUCUUAUCUAAUUCUACGUUAGUCUGUUUUUUAAGCUUGGCUGAAUAAGAAAUCAUCUGACCACGUAAAAAUGCUUUAAAUGUAUCCCAUAUAAUUAAUUUGGACAUACCCCCUAUAUCAUUAAAAUGAAAGAAUUAUUUUAUCUGGGUUUCAAUAAAACCGACAAAGUCAGAGUUUUGCAAAAAUGUCUGAGACAUGUACCAUGUUGGGUGGGCAAGAAUGACAUAAUGAAAUUCAAAACACAAACUCAAAUGUGCAUGAUCAGAUAUAGCAAUGGCGUCAUAUUCACAAUUUUUAUCACUAGGUAAGAAGCAGGGACCGAUUAUAAUAUAAUCAACCCCCAAAUAUUUUUUUAUAAACAUGUGAAAAGAAAGAAUAUUCUCUGUUAUCAGGGUGCAGAUAUCUCCAUAAUUCAAUCAAUCCAAGAUCGAUCAAAAAGGAGUUAAUAAGUGACGCAGAGUGAUUUGGAAGUCGCUGAUUGGUUGAGCUCUUUUCAAUCAUAGGAUUUAAACAACAGUUAAAAUCCCCACCCAUUAUCACAUAUAUUCAUUUGAAUCAGGCAGUAAAGCAAAUACCUUUUUUUAAAAGAAGAAGGAUCAUCUAAGUCAGGACCAUACAGAUUGACAAAAACAACUUUUCUGUUACAGAUCACUCCUUUAACAAUUAAAAAUCUACCCUUCGAAUCUGACUCAGUAUCCUCGUGAAUAAAUAUAUUAGAUUUAAUAAAGAUGGACAGGCCUUUAGUUUUACUCUGCGAAGUAGAGUGGAACUGCAAACCUCUCCACCAUCCAAAAAAAUAUAUUUUGAUCUCCCACCCUGAUAUGUGUCUCUUGAGCAAAAAUUAUAUCAGUUUGGAAUCGGUUAAUAGUUUUGUCUUUUUCUCGUUUAAUAGGAUGAUUCCAAGCACAUACAUUCCAACUUAUUACAUUAAUCCAUUUAAAUACCAUAUUAUAAUUUUAUUCUACUUUAUACCUGCACAGAGCACAUACCAAUAUGGGAUGAUCAAAAAUGGUGGUGAUGAAGAAUACAACCACAUAGAAAACACCCAUGAUCCAGAACCACCCAAGAGGAAAAAACUCCUAAUUCUAACCCCACCCACCUCCCUGAAAGCCCAAAAAAAAAAGGCAAGCAACCUAGGAUAGCAUACGAAGCCAGGGACUGCUCUGUCUGUACAGACUCUUGAUGCCCAAAUUACUGAAGACGAAAUUCAUAAAGCUACUUUUCCAAUGCAAUCUGGUAAGGCCCAUGGACUUGAUGGCUGUCCUGUAGAAUGUUAUAAAAAAAAUUGGAAAAUUGCUUUUUCUGGAUAUAUGUUAGAAAUGUUUAAGGAUUCUUUUGUGAAAGGUGAUUUACCCUCUACUUUCUGUGAGGCUUCUAUUUCUUUAAUUCUUAAAAAGGAUAAAGAUCCUACUAACUGUGCCUCAUAUAGACCUAUUUCAUUAUUGAAUGUAAAUGCUAAGAUUCUGUCAAAGAUACUGGCCAAUCGGUUAGAUAAUAUUUUAAGUAAAAUUACUUUAAAGAUCAAACAGGCUUUAUAAAGGGUCGUUAUUCCUUUUCAAAUGUUCGGAGACUACUUAACAUUAUAUAUUUGUCCUCUUUUAAAACUCCACAAUGUGUCGUUUCUUUGGAAGCUGAAAAAGCAUUCGAUUGAGUCGAAAUAUUUAUUUAAUGUUUCAGAGAAAUUUGGCUUCGGUGUUAAUUUUAAUAAUUGGUUUGGAAUGAUAUAUAAAGCUCCUAUUGCUACUGUGGUCAAUAACAACUGUAGGUUUCCUUUUUUUCAGAUUUCAUGGGCGACAAGACAAGGUUGUCCAUCAAGUCCUUUGUUAUUUAAUUUAGUGUUAGAACCCCUUGGUAUUGCUCUUCGUGAAGCUAAAAAUAUUCAUAGGAUUUUUGUGAAUGGACCAUUCAUAAUUUUUCUCUUUACGCUGACUAGUUAUUGGUUUAUAUAUCUAAUCCCAAAGAAUCUAUUCCUGCUUUGCUAAAAUUAUUCAAUGAAUUUGGAGAUUUUUCAGGAUAUAAAAUAAAUUUGAGUAAAAGUGAAUUGUUUCCUUCAAAUGAACCUGCCUCUAUAUAUGAUAAUACUCCUUUCAAAGUCACAGAUUCUUUUAGAUAUUUAGGUGUUAUAAUCACUAAAAAAUAUAAGGAUCUUUAUAAAGCCAAUUUCGUUCCUUUGGUAGACUCUAUGAAGUAUUUAUUUAGUAGAUGGAGUCCACUUACAUUUUCACUUGUCGGUCAUAUUCCUAUAGUUAAAAUGAUGAUUUUACCAAUUCUUUAAUAUUUAUUUCAGAAUAUCCCUGCUUUUUACUAAGACAUUUUUUGAUCAGAUUGAUUCUAUUAUUUUAUCUUUUAUUUGGAAUAAUAAAAGACCAAGAAUUAGUAAAUGUCACUUACAAAAGUUGAAAAGGGAUGGAAGUCUCGCUUUGCUGAAUUUAAGAAUGUAUUACUGGGCUGUUAAUGUGCGAUAUAUGUCCUUUUGGUUAUAUUGGGUUGAUAAGAACGAUCGGCCAAUUUGGGUAGACCUGGAAUUGAAAGCUGUGAAACAGUUUUACUUAACCUCGUUAUUGGGAGUUGCUUUACCUAUACAAUUAGCUAAAGUUGCUAAUUUAAACCUAUACUCUGUGAUUAAGCAUUCUUUACAAAUUUGGCUCCGGUUCCACAAUUUUUUUUUAAUUUUAAUCUUAAAAAAAUUAAACUUUGUGGUUUAAUUUAUCAAAAUUACCUUUUUGAGCCUUCUUUGAGUAAUCCAUUUUUUUUUACUUUUUGAUGCAUAAAGGUAUUAAUUCUUUUUUGGAUUUAUUUAAAGAAGAUAGAUUGAUGUCUUUUGAACAAUUAGUUGAUAAAUAUUAUCUUUCAUACUCACACUUUUUACAAUACCUUCAAGUUAGACAUUUCUUACAAAAAUAUUUAAGUAAUUUUCCUUGUGUAUUGGAGGUUGACAUGUUAGAUACUAUUAAGAGUAUGAACCCUUCGAUGAAGGGUUCUAUUGGAAGAAUUUAUAUUUUUUUUAUUACAAUGGGAUAGGUGUUCUUUAUUUAAGAUUGAACAAGAUUGGGAGAAGGAACUCAAUUUAUCUUUUAUGACGGAGGAUUGGACACGGAUUCUGAAGCUGAACUCUUCUUCGAUAUGUGCUAGUCAUUUAAAAUUGUAUAUCGUUACCAUCUGAUGAAGGAGAGACUGUCUAAAAUAUUUCCUAAUGUUGAUAGUUAUUGUGAUGGAUGUAAAACUGAGACAGCCAUGCUGACACACGUGUUUUGCUCUUGUUCUAUCCAGGAACAGUUCUGGAAGUCAGUUUUUUUUUGACAAUUUCUAAAGCACUUAAAAUUAAUUUACAACUUAACAAAUUAACUGUGCUUUUUGGAAUAAUUCCUCAAAAUAUCUGGUAUCUCUAUAUCUGACGAACAUGUUAUUGCAUUUGUUACAUUGAUAGCUCGGAGGGCCAUUUUGUUGAAGUGGAAGGAUACAUCAGCUCCCACUUUGUCACAAUGGUUCUCUCAAGUGAUGCUAUGUCUUAGUUUGGAGAAAAUUAGAAGUUGAACCUUUGAACCUUUAUUUGAUUUUGAGAAAAGAUGGGAUUCAUUUGCUUGUUAAUAUCAUUUGAGUUAAUUGGUAGAUUUCCUCCACGAUCUAAUUGUAAAUUUUGGUAUGUAUUUUUUUUUUCUUGCUGGCAGAUUGCUGUUUAUUUUUUAGAAGCUUUUUGUAUGACGCAUGGCUCCGGGUUGUACACCUAAUGGGGUUUCCCCCCACUUUUUCCUGCUGAGUAGGGUUUCUAUUUAUUAUCAACAAAAUUUUUCAAUCUAGAAAAUAAUGUUUUUUUUUCCUUGAGACAUUGUAAGUGUUGCUUACUUUGAUGUACUCAUGUUAUUUUUGAAUAAUAUAAUAAUAAUAUAAAGAUUUGAAAAGAAAGAAAGAAACUGCCGAGAUACAGUCGGCUAUGGACCAGGUGCUGAUAAAUGGGACCAGUGUAGAAUUGAUGAAGUUCCUGUCUCUUCUUCCAUUAAUGUUGCCUCCUUAUGGCAAAACUAACCCUCUCACUGUGUCAGAAUCAGUGAUUAAAUCCGGCCCCAAACACUGUGCUUUUAUCGCUGCACAUUGUAACUUGAACCAUCUCACUGAGGGUCUGAUGGAGACACAACCUCUGCCCUCUGCACAUGUGGUCACAUCUCCCCUGCUUCUGACAUUUCAAAUACACUCAGAAUGGUUUUCUGAUUCAGUCUGAAGGUUAUGGUACAUUCAGCUCAUUGUCAGACCUGACAAACCAUGUCUUCGCACAGCUGGUUCCACCUGUUGGUGUGUCCUCUUUCCUCCACCUCCAGGGAAGCUGCAUCUCCACACAAACUCCUCACUUGAGAUGAUUGUCUGUACCCGUGACACAGGAAAUCACAUCACUGUCACUCUCCUGAUACCAUCCGGGAAGCGGUACCGCAACAUUAAAGCCAGAACCAACAGGCUCCGGGACAGCUUCUUCCACCAGGCCGUCAGACUGAUGAACUCACGCUGAUCUGAGUGUACUCUAUAUUACAUUGUCUGUUUUAUUGAUUAUAAACUGUUAUAAAUUACUAUGAUUGCACGUUGCACAUUUAGAUGGAGACGUAAAGAUUUUUACUCCUGAUGGAUGUAAGAAAUAAAGUCAAUUCAAUUGAGUUCCUGAUUCCGUGUCUGAGCUGCUCGCCUCCGGGUGUCCUCCGUCAACAAGCUUCUUCCUCAGUCACCAUCUGUCAGAUUAUAAAAAAACAAUUAAAACGAUCUAUCAGACAGCUCCUGUACCCCUCCACCCCUGAACAGGUUCCCCUGUUACAACUCUCUGCUCAGCCCCUUCCCUAUUCCCUUUCCCUUUCAGACUCCCGAUGUGCCAGCAGAUCCGAAUUCACCGUGUGGACAUUUCUACCCCACAGGAGGCUGUACAAACCCGUGUCCUUCUCUGAUGCACAGCUCAGUGACCCCAAUCCCUGUCUGCACUCGCAGCCCAUGACGGUGACAGCUGUCCUAGACUCUGUAACUCACAAUCUUGUAACACAGAAUCUUGUUCACAGCAAGUUUAGACAGUCAUUAAUAUGAAGAGAGAAUUGUUGUUUCCUGAAAGGACAGGCGAGCGAAGCUGUCUGAUCCAAUUCACCAGAUGGUCCGGUGUUUACAAGUUAAUUUGUCCCGGGACCCACACCCACACCCACUCAUAACCCCGACCCACACAGACAGACAGACUGUCCCUUCGCCCCAAACCCCCUGCAGAACCACAAGGAAUUGAUCCACGGCCCGGGCUCGGUCGCAAAGUGAAAACCGGGGCUGAGGAGAGCCCGGAGACAAACACCCCGCUGCCCACUCCACCAACAACACGGCACAGCCGGACACAUCUCACAACACCGGAUCCGGUCCCGAUGAAACCCGAAUUUAAUUUUGUUGUUCCAGAUCGGACCCAACAAAAGGUGUUUUAAAACUGAAGCGCUCCCCCUCACGUGACGUCACACAGCAGCCCCCACGCGCCUGACGUCACCCAUGGUCUCCCCGUAUCUGCA